CCCCGCGCUCGGUGCGCCCCUGCCCGGCCCGGUCCCCUCGCCAGCAGCCGGCUGGGGGCGAGCCCGAUGCCCACCAUGCGGGGUGAUCUCUGGUUCCUGGUGCUGGUGCUCAGGGGGGCGGCCAUAGCGCUGAGCCCCCAGCCCCGAGCAGGUCACCAUGAAGGCCAGGCCUCUGCAUGGGCUGCGAAGGAGACCACACCGGGCUGGAAUCAGACAGCUCGAGGAAGCCUCGGACCGCUGUCCAAGCCGGACAGGACCCAGCUAAGCCUGGACCUGGGUGGGGGCCCCUUAGCCAUUGACACACUGCCGGACAACAGGACCAGGGUGGUGGAAGACAACCACAGCUACUACGUGUCCCGUGUCUAUGGCCCCAAUGAGCCCCGCAGCCGGGAGCUGUGGGUGGAUGUGACCACAGCAAACCAGAGCCAAGUGAAGGUGCACAGGAUCCUCUCCAACACCCACCGGCAGGCUUCGAGAGUGGUCCUCUCCUUUGAUUUCCCGUUCUAUGGCCAUCCUCUGCGGCAGAUCACCAUAGCAACAGGAGGCUUCAUCUUCAUGGGCGACGUGAUCCAUCGAAUGCUCACAGCUACUCAGUACGUGGCUCCCUUGAUGGCCAACUUCAACCCCGGCUACUCUGACAACUCCACAGUCACAUACUUUGACAAUGGGACUGUCUUUGUGGUUCAGUGGGACCGUGUCUACCUGCAAGGCCGGGAGGACAAGGGCAGCUUCACAUUCCAGGUGGCUCUGCACCGCGGUGGCCGCAUUGUCUUUGGCUACAAAGAGAUCCCCAUGGCUGUCCUGGAAAUCAGCUCUUCCCAGCACCCUGUGAAAGCAGGCCUGUCAGACGCCUUCAUGAUUCUCAACCCAUCUCCAGAUGUGCCAGAGUCUCGGCGCAGGACCAUCUUUGAAUACCACCGUGUGGAGCUGGACUCCAGCAAGAUCACCAGCACAUCUGCCGUAGAGUUCACCCCAUUGCCAACCUGUCUACAACAUCAGAGCUGUGAUGCCUGCAUGUCCUCGGACCUGACCUUCAACUGCAGCUGGUGCCAUGUCCUGCAGAGGUGCUCCAGUGGCUUUGAUCGCUACCGCCAGGAAUGGCUGUCCUAUGGCUGUGCCCAGGAGGCAGAGGGAAGGACAUGCGAGGACUUCCAGGAUGAGGAUCACUACUCAGCCUCCCCCGACAGCUCCUUCAGCCCCUUUGACAGGGACCUCACUUCUACUUCCUCCUCUCUCCUCCUGGACAGCCUCACUACAGAAGAUGACACCAAGUUGAAUCCCUAUGCAGGAGGAGAUGGCCUUCAGGACAACCUGGAUCCCAAGACAAAGGGUCCCCCUGUGCACCUGGGCACCACUGUGGGCAUUGUGCUGGCUGUCCUCUUAGUGGCAGCCAUCAUCCUGGCUGGGAUCUACAUCAAUGGCCACCCCAACUCCAACGCUGCACUCUUCUUUAUUGAGCGGAGACCUCACCAUUGGCCAGCCAUGAAGUUCCGCAACCACCCCAACCACUCCACAUACACAGAGGUGGAGCCCUCCGGCCACGAGAAGGAGGGCUUUGUGGAGGCAGAGCAGUGCUGAGAGUACCAAGCAAGGAGACCCAGGGACGGACAAGAAAGAUGAGUCACAGCCAUGCGGAAAAGGGACUUCUCCUGGCAUCCUCUCGCUUGCCCUGGGCCAGGAAGAUGAGACAGCAGCUCAUGGUGCCAGACCCACAGUCCAGUCCUCCUACCCCAGACAAAGCGGGUACAACAGAAAAGCAGCCAUGUGGGUUUCUUAAAGGAAUAGUAACCACCUCAUCUCCUAUGUGGAUGUCAAGGGUCCUUCCUUCCAAGGCUUUCAGUGAUCUACUCCAUAGCCAUUCCACAGCCUCCUCUCUCUAGAGAUGGCCUCAUGCCCUUCCUGGUCUCUGGAGGCCUCCCUCAUGGGUUACUAACUGGCUAACUGAAGUCAAGGCUGCUACACUCCAGAUCUAUGGACUUAAGAGCUGGUCCUCAUGGCCAUGGCAUUGGCCUACUUAGCCCCUAACCCCUGCAGCUCUGGAAAGCUGAAGAAGGGGUUCCUUUUAUCUGGGAAGCUCCCAGCCGUUGGGCGGAUCAUGUGUAACAUGUGGCCUGCCUCCGGCCCAGCCUCUGCCUGGUCAUCUGGGCCCUGCGCACCCAUGCGUACGACGUGGGCUCCUGACUCCGGUGACUUGUCUGGCUCUGAUUUACUCACUGGCCUAGUCUGGUGUUGACAUCCGUAGGUAUCUCUGAAAGGCAGAGCUUGCCUGGUUCAUAUUUUUCCUCCACCAAACUGGAUUAUUUUUUUUUUUAGUCAUUAAAGACCAAGAAGGCACACUGAGACCCUCUCCAGCAGAGAGCUUCAGCCGGAUCCUGUUAAGGCAUACCUGCCAGAAAGGUAGGGACGGAGGAAGCUUGCAUGGGAAGCAAGGACUUUCUACGCACAACCUUGACCUAGAACAUCACCUCUAUCUCCCUAGCUCUGAAAGAAGUAUUGGAAGCGGGGAAGUUCGGGGCUCCCACACCGAGCCUGGUUUUACGGAACUUCUGUCUGUUCCAGUGCUGUUGAACCAGGACUGCUUCUGAAGGGUACUGAAAAUUAAGAUCUAGAGUUCAUUUCAUUUCAAGUAAAAUAUAUCAGCAGCAAAUAAAUGUCAAGUCACUGUC